AUGGCGAAAUUGACAGUCAAACGAGUCGCCAUCAUUGGUGCGGGCCCGGCCGGGGCGAUCGCGAUUGAUGCCUGUGCGCAGGAACAGGCUUUUGAUGUGAUACGAGUUUUCGAGCGUCGAGAGAAUGCCGGAGGAUGCUGGCUCUACGAUGAGAAGCAUCCCCGCGUUGCGGAAAUCAAUCGAUUCGCCGACCGUCAAAAAGCAGAUCCUCCAGUAGAGAUACCAGAGAAACUGCCGGCACAGGUUCCUAAGCAAACCCAGAACCGAUACAUUGAAACAUCGGUCUAUCCGUAUCUUGAGAGCAACGUCGACGCCGAGGCGAUGGAGUAUUCUCAGGAGCCCGUUCCAGUCGAAAGAAGCCAACGUUCAAUUGCCCUUCACGGCGUGGAUACUCCGUACCGGCCGUACCAGGUCUGGCAGAAGUACAUCCAAGACCUGGUGAACAGGAGAGGCUAUCAAGACCUUGUCGAGUAUAACACCACUGUAGAGCGAGCAUCCAAGAAGAAUGGUGAGUGGGAGCUUGUCCUUAGAAGAAGUGGCAAAACUACCGACUACUGGUGGACCGAGAACUUCGACGCCGUGGUGGUGGCAAGCGGUCACUACACUGUACCAUAUUUCCCUCUGAUCGAGGGGUUACAAGAAUUUGAAGAAACGUACCCUGGGUCGGUGAUACACACCAAAGCCUACCGGGGCCGUGAGAAGUAUCGUGGCAAGAGAGUGAUUGUUGUUGGCGCUUCAGUGUCGGGUGCUGAUACGGCUGUUGAUCUCCUCGGUGUUGCAAAAUCACCGGUGUACGCCGUCGUCAAGGGUCACAAGGCAAAUGCGUAUUUCGGUGACCACGCUUUCAAGCAUCCCAGGAUUAAGGAGGUUGCUUCGAUCAAGCGCAUUGAUUCGGCCACAAGGACAGUCUUUUUCGUUGAUGGAGAGACGGUUGCAAAUGUUGAUGCCAUUAUCCUUGCAACUGGGUAUACCUGGACGCUGCCCUUCCUGCCACAGAUACCUAUCAGAAACAACCGUAUUCCGGACCUUUACCUGCAUGUAUUUCAUCAGAGCGACCCUACGCUUGUCUUUGUUGGAGCGAUCGGCGCCGGGUUGACAUUCAAGGCAUUCGAAUGGCAGGCAGUUAUAGCUGCACGUGUACUGGCCGGACAUGUAACGCUUCCCCCGCUGGAACUGCAACAGGCGUGGGAGCGCGACCGAAUUGCGAAGAAAGGUGAUGGUGUGCCAUUCACGAUUCUGUGGCCAGACUUUGAGGAAUAUUUUGAGACAAUCCGCAAGUUAGCUGGAGAGCCUUCACCCACGCAGCCCGGGAGGAGACUUCCACCUUUUGAUCCCAACUGGGUCAAGACAUUAGUCGACGGUCAUCAGAGGAGGAUAAGAAUGUGGAAGCGGGCGAAUGCGGAAGCGGAGGACCGAUGGAAUGACGCCGCACAGGUGCUGGCGAAGCUUUAG